AUGAAGCUCCAGGUGUUCUGGACUGGGCUGGAAUACACUUGCCGGCUCCUGGGCAUCACCACAGCUGCAGUGCUGAUCGGCGUGGGCACCGAGACCUUCCUCCGGGGUCAGUUCACAAGCCUGGCUUUCUAUCUGCUGUUUACAGGAGCUGCUGUCUCUGUGUGUGAAGGUGCCUACUUCGUGGCUCAGCUGCUGACCACCUGCUUCCAGUGCCAGCCAGGCUCCCUGGCCUACAGGGCAAAGGAGAAGGCCCGCUGGCUGGGCUGCUUCCAGAAGUUCCUGGCCUACCUGCUGCUGUCUGUGGCCUGCUUCCUCCACCCAGUCCUGGUCUGGCAUGUGACCAUCCCAGGCUCCAUGCUCAUCAUCACUGGCCUGGCCUACUUCCUGCUAAGCAAGCGGAAGAAGAGCAGAGCAGCCCCCCGGGGACCAGCCUCCCUAGAGCACUACACCGACCCCUCCAGCAGCGCUGUGAGCACCACCGGCUCCGGGGACACUGAGCAAACCUACACCUUCCACGGGGCCCUCAAGGAGGGGCCAGGCUCCCUCUUCGUCCACAUGAAGAGCAUCUUGAAGGGCGCCACACAACCCGGUGACUGCAAGCCCCCAGACACCCUGAUGGAGCUGAGCCUGGAGCCCACAGACACACUGCCCAAGAAGAAGCAGGUGCACUUUGAAGAGAAAGUGGUCAGGAUCAUCCCAUCACUCACUGAGGGCCUGGACGAUGGGGACAGCGAGCCAGAGGAGACCACCUCGGACACCGCCCCCAUCAUCCCCCCACCCCAGGCCCCACUCUUCAUGUCCUCACUCACGGCCACGGGCCUCUUCUGA